AUGUCAGAAUAUUAUGUAUGGUCUGAACAUGGUGAAGAUUAUAAUGUGCUUGGGGGAAGAUCGGGUAGUUAUUAUGCUAAUGUAGAUUAUACUAGUGAUAAUCAUCAACCACCAACAUUUGAUGGGGGGAAUGGAUAUGUUGGGAUGGUGAAUGAUGCAUUUCAUGGUACUAUCCCAAUUAAUCAUCAUGAGUAUCAUGAACAUGAAAGUGGAUAUGAUCAUGUUCAUGAAGACCCUACCCAAGAAACCAAACGGUUUUACGACAUGUUAGAUGCUGCAAACACUUCACUUUAUGAUGGUUGUCGUGAAGGCCAAUCAAAAUUAUCUUUGGCUGAUCGAUUCAUGAACAUUAAGGCUGACCAUAAUAUGGCUGAAAGCGCCAUGGACUCAUGGUCUGAAUUGUUUACAGAGUAUUUACCAGAGGGUAAUCAAGCAUCUGGUUCGUACUACGAGACAGAAACUUUGAUGCGAAAGUUAGGAUUGCCGUAUCAUACAUUUGAUGUAUGUAUAGAUAAUUGUAUGCUCUUCUGGAAAGAAGAUGAGAAGUUAGAGCAUUGCAAGUUCUGUGCAAAACCAAGAUACAAAGCCAGUGAGGGACGAACAAAAAUCCCAUUCAGUCGUAUGUGGUAUUUGCCUAUUACUGAUAGAUUGAAGAGAUUGUACCAAUCAGAGAAGACUGCAUCAUCAAUGAGAUGGCAUGCUGAGCAUGAAUCAGAAGAUGGAGUAAUGUGUCAUCCAUCUGAUGCAGCAGAGUGGAAGAAUUUCCAAUAUUUGCAUCCUACAUUUGCAGUUGAAAAACGAAAUGUUUAUCUUGGGUUAUGUACUGACGGGUUUAAUCCUUUUGGUAUGUCAAAAAAUCACUCGUUAUGGCCUGUGAUCAUGACUACAUACAACUUACCGCCAGAUAUGUGCAUGAACACUGAGUAUUUGUUUCUUACAAUUUUGAAUUCGGGACCAAAUCAUCCUCGAGGCAGUCUUGAUGUUUUCCUCCAACCAUUGAUCGACGAGCUAAAGGAGUUAUGGUCUAACGGAGUUCCGGCAUAUGAUGUGACAUUGGAUCAAAACUUCAACUUGAAAGGUGUUCUUUUAUGGACUAUAAGCGAUUUUCCAGCAUAUGGUAUGUUAUCGGGUUGGACGACACAUGGAAGACUAUCGUGUCCUAUUUGUAUGGAUGAGACAAAUGCAUUUUGGUUCCAGCCGGUAGAAAGACAUGUUGGUUCGACUGUCAUAGAAGAUUUCUUGAUAUCAACCUUGUGA